UAUGGUGCUUCAGCGUCUUGUUUUCGUGAAGAAUAUUUGAAAAAUCACGAUAAAAAAACUUUAAGAACUUUAACUGAUGGAAAUUUUUAUUUACAUUGAACAGUUCUUAUUGUGCAAUUGUGUUUGUGUUCCAGCAUAGUAAUUUUAAAACAGAAUAUGUGUUUGAUCUAUCAUGGUCUGCCGAACGUAGAUGUGUAAAUUUUGUGUUAGCCAGCUUCCGCGCCAGAAUUUGUGUUUUGGGCAUGGCUAUUUAUUUCAUUUAACAGAUAGAUAACUUCCUGUUCGAGUGGAAAAAUAAAUGUGAAUGAAAAUGUUGAUAGAUAGAGCAGACAAUUAUUUCACUCGCCAGAACCAUAUCCAUAUUGCAGUGAACGCCAGAUUAACAAUGGGUAGUUCGGGUAAUAAUACAUCAACUGAUGUCUAUCAUCGGCCUCUGAUUGCAUCUGGUGGAUUGCUUGCCGGUUUAGUGACCUUUUACAGUAUCGUGUCAUUUAUCGCCGUUACGAGUAACAUGCUGAUCUUGUUGACGAUAUUACGACGUUUUGUGGUUCGCAACACCGUGAAUGUCUUCCUAGCAAGUUUGGCGGUGAGCGAUCUCAUCAUGGUUUUGCUGUCACUGUUCGAUUGCAUCGCAUUUAUCAACGGCAGCUGGAUAUUUGGUUUGUGGACAUGCAAGCUGCAAAGUGUAUUUAUCGAAGUCGGUUUCACGGCGUCCACAAUAACAUUAGUGGCUGUAUCCUGCGAGCGGUACUUGCUUAUUUGUCACCCGCAUAUGAAAAGGCGCACUGUGAGGGCGAUUUAUUUCAUCGUUGUUAGCGUCUGGGGGGGAGCUGUCGCUAUAUGCUCGCCACUACUCGACGGUUAUAUCGUCUAUAAAGACAUCGACACGAAAGAGAAGACUGAAGAGCUUGUUUGUGCGAACAAGCGAUGGGAGUUAAGAUAUCAACGUCUUUUUUACAUGGUUUAUUCGCUGAUCACCUAUCUUAUACCGUUAAUAAUGAUGGCGUUCGCGCACUGGCGAAUAUCGAUGGCGGUCAAAGGACGUCGACCAUCAAUGACUUUGAUGAAUCCAGACAAAAAACAUAGCGUUUGUUUUACCAUCAAGGAGGAGAGCAGUGGCGGCAGUGGUGACAUGACGGCCGAGAAUAAUGAAUACAAACGUAAAGCCAGUGGAGGAGUCCACAAGACCUUGUUAGGCUCGUUAAAGAGAAAAACCAGUCACAUCGAACGCGACAUUAACCGACGAGAACGUCGCAUUAAAGCCGUACGUCUAUUGUUUGUCGUUACCGUCACUUUCAUUGCGCUUUGGACACCUUUUAUUUUAUUGCGACUGGUUUUGCUUUCAGGUGGAAAAGUGAAUGAUUAUUUGUACAAAUUUUCCGAAGUGUUGAUCUUGAGUAGCACGGCAGUAAAUGGGUUUAUUUACGCUUUCAUGAGUCCACCAUUCCGAAAAGGUUUUAAAGCGAUAUUAUGUUGCCAGAGAAGAGGCAAUGUUUAUUCACGUGACUCGGGACCGAGCAUGAGCAAUUCCGAGGACAAUAAACUUGCGCAUACGCACAACAGAUUGAGUCGAGGAUCAGAUUUCAGUGGAUAUAGUUACGGUGCGAGUUCGAGAAAUGGUACCUUGAACAGUGCGAGGAAAUAUUCUACUGGAAAUAAGACAAGUGUUUAAAAUGUGUCGUUUAUACACAACCUUAACUUUAAAAAAGGUAAUUUAUUGAUUAAGCGACUUAUUUAUUGAUUGUAUAUACAUUGUGUAUAAAUAGCUUUUGUUUUUAUGAAAUUUAUAAGCAGUGUAGCUUUCCAAUUCUUGUAUUUUAAAUAGUUAACCUGGUCAUUGUGUUUUAGAUGAUAAGGAAUCAGCAGCAGAUUUGUAAAUUGUUUGAACAUGACAUGACUUGUUGCUGAUUUGUUUUCGAAAAACAUUUCACUUGUUUCAAUCGCACAGGUUCUAUACUUUUUGCUUAAUUUGAUUUAAAUAAUGCAAUGUUUGUCGAGUUCUCUUAUCUUCAGAAGAUCGAGACGUAAUUUCGACUUGAUCAGCUGUGGUAGCGGAAAAUCAAAACAUUGAAUGAAAACGAGGUUAUUUUAGAUAAAGUUGAAUACAAGUAUAUAGAGGCUAUUAGUUGUGGUAGUGUGACAAAAAUCGCCUAUGAUAUCAAGUGUGUAUGGCUGGGCUAGCUAGCCAUUACAAACAUCUUUUUCCUGUUUCUUCAAAACAUUUUA